UUUAAAAGAGCAGGUGUCCUUAACAUCCAUCUGCAUCCACUACUUUUACUGGAAGUAGAAUUCAUGUAGUUAAAAGGUCAUGGAUCAGAUAUCAUCUGUGACUUACGGGUGGUGGCAGGACACAAGCUGCAGAGAGGAUGGGUGACCGGCUGUGCAGACAUGGCCAAGUCCAAGAACCACACCACACACAACCAGUCCUGAAAAAGGCACGGAAAUCGUAUCAAGAAACCCCGAUCACAAUGAUACGAAUCUCUUAAGGGGGCGGACUCCAAGUUCCUGAGGAACAUGCGCUUUGCCAAGAAGCACAACAAGAAGGGCCUAAAGAUGAUGCAGGCCAACAAGGCCAAGGCCAUGAGUGCACGUGCCGAGGCCAUCAAGGCCCUCGUAAAGCCCAAGGAGGUUAAGCCCAAGAUCCCACAGGGUGUCAGCCACAAGCUCGACCAACUUGCCUAUGCUGCCCACCCUAAGCUUGGGAAGCAUGCUCAUGCCCACAUUGCCAAGGGGCUUAGGAUCUGCCGGCCAAAGGACAAGGCCAAGGGCAAGGAUCAAACCAAGGCCCAGGCUGCAGCUCCAGCUUCAGUUCCAGCUCAGGCUCCCAAAGGUUCCCAGGCCCUACAAAGGCUUCAGAGUAGAUAUCUCUGUCUGCCAAUGUGAGGACAGAAGG